AGUGCUUCUUUUUCGUUUUUGAUUAUUGAAGUAUUCCAAUAUAUAUAUAUGUUUACGUUUUGUGUGGAAGAAGAAAAUUUCAUUGUUUUGAAAAUUACAAGUUUAUUUAGUGUAAAUAAAAAUCGGAAAAAAUAAAUUCAAACAAAAUUACGAAACGUUAAAAAUACUCAACAUUUAGUAAUACUUUACUAAAUUCGUUAACCAAAUUAGGGUGUGUAUUUGGUGUGCCAAAUGGCAGCAUGGCGGAUGAUGAUAGCAGAACACCGCGCAUGUACCAGUAUCGACAAGAUCGCUCCCGAUUCGCUUGCAUUGCCUACAGUUUAACAGUGAUCUUCUUUUGCAUCUCAAUCGUGCAAUGGAUCCUAAUGAUUACGCUUGAUGGAUUACGCAACUUUAUCUUGGACUUUUCUUAUAUCUCAAUAAUUGCGCUGCUUGUCGGCAUGUUGUUGGUGACGUCCUUCGUAUUCUUCGAAAAUCUGCGCUUUGCGAAGCCCAUCAAUUGGGUGAUAACAAUUAUAAUAGUAUUUAUGACAACUUGGGGCAUUUCACGCGCUAUCGUCGAACCAACUCUGGCGCUUUUCGGCAUAACCCUGCUGUUCGUGUCUAUUUUGGGCAUUGUCUUCAUAAUCAUUGGUGUACACAUUCGUCACGAUUUAACACUGGACGUUGUGAUAUUAUUUGUGGCAGCUGUAAUAUUUUUUAUCACCUCGGUAUUCUUCGUAAUGCUGCAGCUCUUGGCAGGUCUUAAAAUAGCAUUUUUCAUAUAUUCGACGAUCAUAAUAAUAACGGUGCUGAUGUUCGUCAUGUACCAUGCACAAACCAUAAAUGGUUACCGUUACGCGGAAAUGCGUCUAAAUGACUAUCUGCUGGCCGCGCUCAUACUCUACCACGAUCUAACAAUACUAUUGAUCAUGUCUUUCCUACUGAUUGCCAAAAUAUAUGAGUUGGCAGGCGGCCACGGUCUAUCGCUCUAUGGUGAUUCAUGUUGUGGCAACUAUACUGGCGCAUCGAACAGAUCGCUUUCUGACGAUGUCUCGCCAUACGACAGCGGCAGUGACAAUGUGGCGCCGAUUUAUCUGUAAAUUGGUAAAAAUUGGAAGUAUCGUCGGCAGUUUUGAAAAUAUUGCGUUAAUUGCUUUGUUUAGUAAACGUUUAGAUAUUAUGUAACAUUAAAUGUAUGGUGUAAUUGUGUGUGGUGAAUAAAAGAUCCUCGAAAAAUUUUCAUUUAAACAGUGUUGUGUAACACUGGCACAUU